ACGAGCAGCAUCAACCCGGAGGGAGGCGGGAGGCCGCAGCCAGAGAGGCCCAAAAGGCUGCGGAGUGAGCCAGCCGCUCGGUGUCCAGCGCGCCCCCCUCGUCCUUCUUCCUCGGCCUCCCAGCCCUAAAUUUCGACCAGCUUUUUCGCCUACGGAAAUCCUAGGGAGGGGGCUAGGAGCAGCUGCGUCCCCCUCCCUGAGGCUGCCGCCCCCUGCUUUUUCGGCGCUGCUCCCUGCCGCGUGCGCCCGGGCAGUGCACCUCGGCAGGCCCCAGCCAUGUCGAUGCUGCCGUCGUUCGGCUUCACGCAGGAGCAAGUGGCGUGCGUGUGCGAAGUUCUGCAGCAAGGCGGGAACCUGGAGCGUCUGGGCAGGUUCCUGUGGUCGCUCCCCGCCUGCGACCACCUGCACAAGAACGAAAGCGUGCUCAAGGCCAAGGCCGUGGUUGCCUUCCACCGCGGGAACUUCCGCGAGCUCUACAAGAUCCUGGAGAGCCACCAGUUCUCGCCUCACAACCAUCCCAAGCUGCAGCAACUGUGGCUGAAGGCGCACUACGUGGAGGCCGAGAAGCUGCGCGGCCGGCCGCUGGGCGCGGUGGGCAAAUAUCGGGUGCGCCGAAAAUUCCCACUGCCGCGCACCAUCUGGGACGGCGAGGAGACCAGCUACUGCUUCAAGGAGAAGUCACGGGGCGUGCUGCGCGAGUGGUACGCGCACAACCCAUACCCCUCGCCUCGUGAGAAGCGGGAGCUGGCGGAGGCCACUGGGCUCACCACCACCCAGGUCAGCAACUGGUUUAAGAACCGGAGGCAAAGAGACCGGGCCGCCGAGGCCAAGGAAAGGGAGAACACCGAAAACAAUAACUCCUCCUCCAACAAGCAGAAUCAACUCUCUCCUCUGGAAGGGGGCAAGCCGCUCAUGUCCAGCUCAGAAGAAGAAUUCUCACCUCCCCAAAGUCCAGACCAGAACUCGGUACUUCUGCUGCAGGGCAAUAUGGGCCACGCCAGGAGCUCAAACUAUUCUCUCCCUGGCUUAACCUCCUCGCAGCCCAGCCACAGCCUGCAAGCCCACCAACAUCAGCUCCAGGACUCCCUGCUGGGCCCCCUCACCUCCAGUCUGGUGGACUUGGGGUCUUAAGUGGGGAGGGGCUGGGCCUGGAAGCAGUGACUAGGGACACCUGUAAAUAGAAAUCAGGAACAUUUUUGCAGCUUGUUUCUGGGGUUCUCUGCAUAUAAAGGAAUGGUGGACUUUCACAAAUACCUUUUUAAAACUCAAAACCAACAGCAAUCUCAAGCUUAGUCGCCUUCUUCUCUCCGACUCUUGCAUUUCCCAUCCCAGUGCAGAGAUCAGGAAAAAAAAAAAAAAAACCCAAACAAACAAAAGCACCCAGUCACCCAGUCUUGGUUCUGGGCAAUCCAUGUGCCAGCUUCAGUAGCCUUUCUUUUUUUUUUUUUUUUUUUUCAGUGAAUGGGAAUUACAAAUCAACUGGAUUUUAAAUAUUUCCUUUUAAUUUAUUUAUGGAAAAUUCUUUUUGGGAAGAGGAAAAGGAAAUGAAGAAAGAGAGAGAGAAGUCAAAAUUGUGAAAAUAAGAGCCUCCAGCCAGGAGGAACUGGUUGCAUUCUUAAGGUGAAUAGAAAAAAUAUGAUCUUAUAACUUUUUGAUGGGGAAAAUUAAGUUUACAGUCUUCAUUAUUUAGUGUUAAACACUUUUAUGUAGAUUAAAAUGAAAGAACAGUAUUAGGGGGAAAAAAAGUGCCUAAACGUCUUAAUGCUCUCUGUGUAAGGCUGUUAGAAAUAGCAGUGACCAUUAGUAAUACAACUAUUUUUGUCAAAUUUAGUGGGGUUUUUGGUUGUUGUUUGUUUUCUUGGGUUUUUUUAAUGGCAAACUUUAAAAAUGUACCAAUGUGAAAAAAACAUUUUCCUGAAAGCCAUUACUUCUCAUGCCCUUGAAGCUUUCAUAUCUGUAGCCUACUCCUGUUAAGGGUUUCUCUUGUUCCUAGUUUCUAGCCUGCAAAAAUAUACGACAAAUCUGGCAACCUGGUAUUUGUUACUAAAACAGCAUGUGUUUUCAGGUUUCUUUUCUAUUGUACCUAAACCAGUCUAAAUUAAAACUUAGUAGAACACCAGGAGUAUGAUUCUGUUUCUGAAAGGUGAGUUGUGUAUUGCUGUCAUUGGGCCCCCCCCUUUUUUUUUUUUGAAGUUUUCUUGCUUUCUUAUUUAAUGGUGGUUGUGAAUUGCAGGGUACUUUGAAGGCCACCACCUGAGCCAGGAGUGGUGACUGAGUUGAUUAUGUGACAGAAAAAGAGUGAAGUUAGCUUUGGGGUAUUUAUUUUUUUAUUAUUUAGAUACGAAGUUUUGUUUACCACUAGCUCUUCUCCACAGCGUUCAUAUGUUAACUCAGCUCUUUUGUAUUAAUGAGUUUAUGACAAGACUGUGAAAGUAAAAUAAUUUAUCUGCUUGGAAAGAAAAGGGGGGGCACUUGAACAAGGAUGACAACAUUGUGAAUUAAUCUGUAUAAAUAGAGAGCAGACCAGUAGGACCAGAGCUCUUUGCACUGCUGCCGGAUAGUGUCCAGAAAAAUCCCACUAAUCAUGUAGGCUCUAUAUUAUUUUUGCCUGGGGCAAAAAUGAUGUAUCUUUGUAUUUAGCUUUUAAAAUUAGUGAAACAAAUGGCAUUAUUUAUUAAAAUUCUACUCAGGAUAACAGGACUGGCUUGCUUGUGCUUUGUAAAAAUAUUGCUCCCCAGAGAGAGUCUAUUUAUUUUCUGACAUGACAGUUUCAUAAUUUUGAUUUUUCCCCAUCCGUAUCACUAUUAAUAUAUUCAUUUUUUUCUUACUCUUUCUUAUCUUUCCUGUCCUGAUCUAGGAGACUGAGGUGUGUGUAUGGGGUGGGGAGUGGAAUUUAGGCCUUACUAUGAGGGCUUUUUUUUUUUUUUUAAUGUCAAAUAGCUUUGAGUGCAAAGGAGAAAGGAUCACUGUACUUAACUGUAGUCACUUUUACUUAUAAAGUCAUUUUUCCCCCUCAGUGAUGGACAGAUGUGCACACAGCCGCUGGGAGACCAUCAUUUGGAUUGGGAGCUCAGGGUCCCAAUCUCCCUUGUUAGUGUUUUGGAUCAUUAAGUUGGUGUUUAUUUAAGUCACGAGGGUGUUUAUUCUCCAUGUCUUGGGCCACGGAGAAAUGCCACCCUCUGCAGGAGGGGCUCUCACAGGGAUCUCUGCACAUUCUUCACAUUCACUCCCCAAAACAAACACCCUGCACAAAGAUAGCUUUCAAUGACCCUGACAGGCUUCAAAGGACACCGCGGAAAUCUCCCUGGAAAAUAAGGAAGGGCCAAUUACUUUAAUUUCUUACAUGCCCUCUCUUCCUCCUCCGCUGACUACCCCCCACUCUUCCAGCUCCGCUUGGUAUAAUUUUAGACUCGUGGAAGGUCUGUCUCCCUGGGCGCCCGGGCCCACUUCCUGCUCCCUUGGUUGGUGAAUCUUGGAAAGAAAGGUCUGCAGAUCUGGCGAGGAGCAGA